AUGCACGUGCUUGUGGCUUGCUCCGGCUUAGUCAUCCGCGCGGACCCUCGACUCGGGGCUUCUGGGUUGGAAGAUUCGGCCGAUCAAGUCGCAAGCUCGCGAACGCCACACCGCCAGACACGUCUUCUGCGCCCGCUCCCCUACGUCAGCCGCGAUCGCGUCAACAGCGCUGCUUCGACUGCGGGACUGGCCCGCCCUCCUCUCACCGUGGCGUCGCUCAACACGGUCCUCGACGACGUGAAGAAGUCGUUUCGCUUCUUCAAGAACCACCCCGCCCUGUCCACGACGGUCCCGCCGAUCCACGCGGACGAAGAGACGGCAGACGCACUCACCAGGAUCCUGCACGCCCUGCGCAUCGCCGAGAUUGCAGACUUUGCCGCGAGCCUCCGCCUCGACGAUCCCGCGUACCUCAGCACCGCUGCCCUCGGACUCGCGGCAGUCGUCGUCGUCGUCGUCAUGUCGUGGUUCUCCCGCGCCGGCGGCAGCUGGGGGGGCCGCUUCUCGCCGUUCGGGCGGCCCAGCCAGAACCCGAGCUCGGGCGUGGUGAACGACUCGGACUUUUCGUACAUUACCAACGAGGACCUGCGCAAGAACAACGGGAGCGCGCCCGAGAGCGCCGACUGGGCCGAUGCGAACCCCGAGCGCGAGACGGACGUGGUCGUGUUCAAGGAGAAGCGGACGCACUACCCGACGCACUUUCCCGCGCACAGCAUCCGCGACGGCGACCUGAGGAUCGGCACCGUGCGGCAGGCGGCGGCCAAGAAGCUGGGUGUUGAUGACGCCCGCCGGAUACGCAUGUUCCACAAGGGCCGCAACCUCAAGUUUGACGAGCGCAGCGCGCGCGAAGAGGGCCUGCGCGGCGACGGCUCGGGCAGCGAGAUCCUCGUCACCAUUGGCGAAAGCCCCGCGGGCGGCCUGGCCCCGGCCGCAGACGACGCGGCGCCGCCGUGGAGCGACAACGAGGGCUCGGGCUCCGACGACGUCGGCUCGGGCGCCAACGGCGCAGGCAGGAAGAAGAGCCGGAAGCGCGGCGGCCGCAAGCCCAAGAAAAAGGGCCCCGCGGACUCGUCGACGGCGGGCGCGUCGACGCCGGGCUACUCGUCCGCCGCCCCAUCCGGCGCAGAGUUCCUCCCCAUCCCCGCGCACAUGAGCAGCGCGCGGCCGCCGUCCACCAAGCCCAAGCCGGCGGCGGCGGCGGCGGCGCCGCAAACGGCGUCGCAGAAACUCGCGGCCAUUGCGCACACUUUCCACACCGAAUUCGUGCCGCUGUGCGAGCAGUUUAUGAGCGCGCCGCCCGCGGACAAGAGCAAGCGCGACUUUGACUACAAGAAGCUCAGCGAGACGAUCCUGACGCAGAUCAUCUUCAAGCUGGACGGGGUCGAGACCGAGGGCGAUGCUGAUGCGCGCGCACAGCGGAAGGCGCUCGUCAAGGAGGUCCAGGGAAUGCUGGCCAAGCUGGAUGAGGCGGGUAAGCAGGCGCAUAUUUAG